ACUCGUUCGCUCAAAAAAAUGGAAUCGAGUGGGGCUAUAAAGACAGGCCAGAUUAACAGAGGUUCGAACUACACAACCACCUGUAUAUCUUUCCUCCACUCCAGAGUCCAAGCUAACUCCUACCUAAUUCACAAUUUACACUCGUCAUGAAUACUGAACAAUUCCGCAGUGCUGGCUACCAAGCCAUCGACAGGAUAUGCGAAUACCAUGACACUUUGAGGGAUAGGCCUGUCUCAUCCCAAGUCGAGCCAGGAUACCUCAGAAAGCUGCUUCCGUCCUCCGCCCCCAUUGAAGGCGAAGACUUCCAGCUCAUCGCGGAUGAUUAUCAAAAAUACAUCAUACCUGGCCUGACACACUGGCAACACCCCUCGUUCUACGCAUACUUCCCUACGUCAAGCACAUUCGAGGGAAUACUUGCAGAACUAUACGCGUCGAGCACGUCUAACCCUGGAUUCAACUGGGCUGCGAGCCCCGCAUGCACAGAGCUUGAGGCCGUGGUCAUGGACUGGACCGCUCAAUUACUCGGGCUUGACAAGGCGUUCUACAACAUCUCCGAGGUCGGCGGCGGCGUCAUUCAGACGUCAGCAUCUGACUCUGUGUUAGUCUCGACUGUCGCUGCACGUUCACGAUACAUUCGUGAGCACCCUGAUGUGGCGAUGGAGAAACUCGUGAUCUAUACCACUACCCAAACCCACUCGCUUGGGAAGAAAUCCGGGCUCGUCUUGGGUCUCACAGUGCGCGCAUUAGACGUCACAGCUCAGGAUAACUUUGCAUUGCGUGGAGACACGCUCAAGGUAGCAUUGGAGGAGGAUAUAAAAGCCGGAUUACACCCUUUCAUCCUGAUCGGUACGGUGGGGACGACAUCUUCCGGUGCUGUCGAUCGGCUCGACGAGAUUGCUGAUGUCGCGAAACAUUACCCUUCCCUGUGGCUGCACGUCGAUGCUGCAUGGGCAGGCGUCGCAUUCGCGUGUCCCGAAUAUCGCGAGGCGUACCAACUUCCUGCCAUAAAUGAAUAUGUAGACUCUUUCUGCACCAAUUUCCACAAGUGGGGUCUCAUCCACUUUGAUGGCUCUUGUUUGUGGGUGCGGCACCGGCAACAUCUGAUCGACGCGCUAGACAUCACGCCCGAAUUUUUGAGGGCGAAGAACGGGAAUGCAGCCACCGCUAUCGAUUACCGCAACUGGCACGUAGGCCUUGGCAGACGGUUCCGAUCGCUCAAAUUCUGGUUCGGUCUUCGUGCACGGGGGGUGAAAGGCAUCCAAAAGUACAUCACCGACUGCAUCAAGUUGAACAACAAAUUCUCACAGAGCAUAUACGAAUCCGAAUUAUUCUCUGUCGUCACCAAACCUUCCCUUGCCAUUACAGUCUUCAGGCUUGCACCAAAGUCCCUUCCUCACCUCAGGACUCCCGAGCUCAAUACUUUGAACCGCGCUUUCUAUGCACGGCUUGCAGCACGGAAUGAUAUCGCGAUCACCCAGACGGACUUGAAUGGGGUGUUUUGCAUUAGGAUGGUGAUCGGGUCUGAAAAGACUUUGGAGAGCGACGUCGAGCACGCGUUGGAGUUGAUGAAGGAUGAAGCGAUGAUUUCGUUGAAGAACUGGGAGGUCAUUGGAAAUGGGAGAGGCAGGAAGACGUCCGUGAUCCUCUCUCAGACCCACUAAAAAUUAUAGCUAUUGCACUUCAAGUUAGAUGCAGUCAAUAGUCAAUAAUCGUGUUUCAUGUUCAACCAAUAGCACCCGCUCAAUUAGAUUUUAUGUUUCUUAUUUUAUUUUUAUUAGAAAA